AUGUCCAAUGGCGUGAGAGCUGGUCAUGUUUCCGGUGCAGGAAAAGUCUUCCGCGUGCAAGGCAUCCCGCUUGACUGGAAUGUUGAUCGCUUGGGAUCUGUUCUUGAAUCGGAGGGUGACUUCUUGUCUCCAAGCGUCCGGUCUCUGGCAAUUGAGAUCCACGGUCGCUGGAACACGGCUACCGUAUCGUUCAUUGGGGUGCCACAACCAAUAAAAAGCCGAAUUGCUUUGCCAACAACUGCAGACCAAGCUGACCGCUUAUGGCUAACGCUUGAUGAUCACUUCCAUGGCAUCACGACAUUAUAUGCGCCAGAGGAAUACCAAAUCAAUCUUAUUUCACUGUCCGGCCUUGGAGGGCACGCCUUCGGCUCGUUCAAGGAAAGAGGGGGUGAGCAUAUGUGGUUGCGAGAUUCUCUCCCCCACCAUCUCGUCGGCCAAAAUGAAGAACCACUUGCCCGAAUUAUGAUAUACGGUUAUGAAUCAAGUGUACCGAAAAGUCAAAGUUUUCAGAAUAUUACAGAUCUCGCUACCACGUUCCGAUCGAGUCUGCUAGCACUGGCUACCGAGAAAAAUAUACUGCCUAUUGUGUUUAUCGCCCACAGUCUAGGCGGCUUGCUCGCUAAAGAGUUACUUGUGUUAGUGUCGCAAUCUGAAAAUGCCGACGAAUUCAGAAUUUUCCAGGCAGUGUUCGGCUUGGUCUUCUUCGGAGUCCCACACGGCGGGAUGGAUAUUCAGUCACUUGUUCCAAUGGCUGGCGAUGGGCCAAACCGACCGUUGAUCGACUCACUCGGGAUCACCAAUCCCAAGACUCGAGAGAAGCGGGAGGAAGCCUUCUUCAAGGCUCUUGGAAAACGUGAAAUCAUAGGUUUCUACGAGACGCUCAUGUCACCAACGGCCCAACAAGAUGACAGUGGCCGAUGGAAGAUGGACGGUCCCCCGACAGUGCUGGUGACCAAGGAAUCGGCUACCCAUCGUCGACAUUGGGCCCCGGGACCAGAACAGCUCUGUGCCAUCAAUCGAAAUCAUUCGGAGAUGGUCAAGUUUCGCCCACAUGAUAGCGACUAUGAGAAUGCACUCCAACUGAUCAAGGGCAUUGCACAGAGGGCAAUCUCUGUCAGCCAGCAGUUCUCGCAAGCCGGAAACAUAGCACUUGGUGUGUAA